AGAACGGCUCCAUGAGUGAUGGUUAAACCUGACGUUUAAAGACGAAAUGGCGUAUAAUUAUGCUGCACAGAAGCUUGUCAGUUCCUUGCUGAAAUCAUUGACACUGAAAGGCGUAAAGAAAAUGACAUUCAGGUUCGAUCCGUAUCACCCAAAGGUUUUUUCAAUCAGGGAGCUACUGUUUAUCACCAACUCCCCACGGAUUUUAGAAACGAAUCUGAACUGUGAUGUGAAAGUGGAUGUGAAAAGUGAUAGAUCAGAGCCAGUGUUUGAUGUCGAAUUUAUUGAUGACUCCAAAGCUGUGUUCAAGACUGAAAAUUUGUUGAUUGAAGACAUCAUGACGCGCUUUCAUAGACUGUGUGAAGAGAAAUGUCCUGAACAAGAUGACAGCCUACUUGACAUGGGUAAAAAACCGAUGAAGCGGAAAAGGUGAUUGCAGACUUUGACUUUUGGAGCAGUCUUUGUCUUCUGUGCGGUCCUCUGACAACAGUGAGACUUGUUUGAGGUAGAUAUGAAAACAUGCACAAAGUACUCUGGCUGCAUUGACAAAUCAGAUCAGGGGUUCACGUUUUCCCAGAAGCCUGUAGUGCUUUAAUAUAAUAUGCAUGAAUCAUAGGAUAGAUUUGGAUUGCUUAUGUGGUCGUGAACCAAUCAGAUCAGAAAUCAUAUUCCAGAUUUCCCAGAAUUCUGCAGUGUUAAUGAAUAUGCAUGAGGCUCUAGUCAUGCAGGGAUUUGCAUAAACAUUGGUGGACAUUAACCAAUCAAAUGAGGUGUUUCUUUUUGUUCCAUGCCAUAGUGUGAUGAAAAAAUGAAGUGAAUGUUGAUUAGGUUUGUAAUAGUGACCAAGGCAAACCCAUAGCUGUAACUGAAGGAUACUGUCUUAGUGACUGAGUCAGUAUUCAGGGAUUGUUCCAGCUGAGCAGUUUGGGCACACCUUUGAAUAUGUACAUGCUAAUAACACAGAUUUAUGAAAAUUUCAACAUUUUGGAUUCCGAACUGCUGAUACCAAAACCCUUUUGACGGGUUAAAGAAAUGACAAAGAUGAGGCCCUGAUAUUUGCUGAGUUGACAAACAUGGCUUUCAUAGAUUGGUGCCAUACAGUUGCAGGGUGCUGAGGGUCUGUCUGUUUGUCUAUAUAAACUUCUAAUCAACUUAUCCCAAAACACAGAAGUGACCAAACCACUAAGUGGCUUGUCCUUGAAUGACCCGGUAUAUAAAUCCAUUUGUUAGGGAAUUUUAUCCAUUAUUAUCAAGGCCUUGCUUGCACAUGCAAGGGAGACAUUUGUUGCUGGUACAUGAAGUUCAUUGGUGAUUACUCACCAUCUACGUGUAUUGCCUAAACAUCCAGCUCAUUCCAUGGACGAAUAUUGUUGCAGUUACUUGCCAAAGGUCGUUGGUUUAUUUCUGGUGCUCUGCUUUUCCCCACUCAUGAAACUGACCACGGCCAUGAGAGCAGCAAUGUUGGUAAAACAUGGAUCAAAUUAUUGAAGUUAGUGAAUGUAAGUACCGUGGCUACACAUAUCAAAGUAUCACAGUGCCAUGGUAGUUACAAUCAGCGUUCCCUGUGAUAGUGGAAUUCAGUCCAGGGGACAGAAUUUAGGAACAGUGUGGAGUUUUUUCUGGAUGUAGUACAGGUUUGGGGAAUAAAGAUGAGGUG